GUUUUUAAUCAAUCACACUCCAGAUGGCCGAUUGAACCCCAGAUCUAACUAACCACAGAAUAAAGCCAAGGUGUAAAUUGAAGAUUGACAUGCCCCUUAAAAAAAGAAAACGAGAUCCGGGUGGGUUCUCUCAAACUGGAGCUGCGGGUCACCGGGUGACCAGAAAAGGAUCCAACACUUGCAAAGGCCACGCGGCCUCAGUUGGAGCGAGUUCUGCAUUUGAAGACGGGAGGUCACCACCAAUAUCAACCCUGUUCAACAAUGUAUCAGCGAAGGGGGGCGGUGGUAACGGCGGGGUGAGGUCAGGAGGUGGCGGCAGAUCCCAGGUCAGUGCUGGAAAGCUGCUUCACUGUGAGGAGCAAAUCGCUGAGAGGCUGCAUACGCCACAGGGCGCAGCAAGAGAACCCCUAAACCCAGAUCCAGUCCGCCUCACAACCUCACCCGUACUCGGAGGUGAUCGUCCAGUUUCCAGUUUUACCAUCCCGCCAACGGAGAAAGAUCUGGAGCAGUUGCAGUCUGGCCAAGACAAGAAUGGACACAUUAAAUGUUCACCAAAUGCCUAUAUCGUGUGGGGUCAUAUCCACCGCCGAUAUGCCCGUCGCAAAAUCAGCCCUGGAGCCAAUAUGAUAGAGACCGGUAUUGUGCUGGCCUGUGAGUGGUCCAAGCUCAGUCAGGAGCAGAAGAGGCCCUACUAUGAAGUGGCUCACAAACUGAAAUGCAUGCAGAAACAGCAAUUCCAUGAUUAUGUGUUGUGCCGACAGAAGAAGAAAGACAGAGAGUGUUUAUCCUCGGGGCAGGGAGCAGAACAAGACCCUGGCAUCUCCUUCUCACAGGCAGUACCUCCAGCUCAGUCCAAUUUGAAGGGCCCCAUGUAUCCAUAUCCCCCCAUAAUGCCCUAUGGGCAACCCACUUUUUACCCCGUGUCAUCAAAUCUCUGCUCCAGGGUCCGGAAUAAGCAUCUAAGAUACCAGCAGUCACAGCACUCACCACAGAGGGACGAGUCUUACGCAGCCGGACACCAGGCCGCAGCGACCGGCCAUCAACAAAGUGGAGUGUAAAUGUGUGGGUGAUGUUGGAGUGAUCUGGGAGACAUUCAACACAGGCAAUGAUAUUUAGAAAAAUCAUACAUUGAAUUUUAUUGCAAUAUAAAUAAAAUGCUUUGUAUGU